GCAGACUGUUGCAACUGAACUUUGUCCUCCUUCCUGACAGAAAAACAACAGGCAGACUAUUUAAGGGGGGAGCAGUGGAGGAGGAGGCUUGUUUUUGUUCAGAGCGUUUCAGCAGCACAGAGCUGAACAGAGGGUAGGAAACUUUUAACCAAAGGAAGGUUGGGGGAGUGAGGAGGCGCCACAGGGAUGUGGGCAGGCCUCAGCUUGCUCCUCACUCUCUGCCUGCUCCAUGGGGGUGGGGCAGAGAGUGAGGGGGGUGGGCCCCGCUGUCAGCUACCUCCAGCUUGGAGGAUAGGAGACGUGGAGCCGAUGAAGGGGUCAAUAGGCCGAGUGACGGUGGUGGCCCUUUUACAGGCCAGCUGACUGUUCUGCUUGGUGCAGGCUUCCAGAAUAGAUGGCCUGCAGCAGCAGCUGGACAGUCAGGGUUUCAAGAAUGUAGUCUACAUGGUCGUUAAUCACCAGGGGGAGCAAUCCCAGCGCCUGCACCCUUUGCUGGAGGUGAAACUUUCCAAGAACAUCACACUCUACAAGCAGGUCGAGCAGCAGCCUGAUGUUUGGCAGACACUGGGCGGAGAGAAAGAUGACUUUUUCAUUUAUGACAGGUGUGGCCAUCUCACCCACCGCAUUUCACUUCCAUACUCCAUCAUUGGACAGGGCCAUAUUGAGAGGGCAAUCAAAGAUACUUACUGCAAACGCCUGUGUGGAGAGUGCACACAUGAGAAUGCUGAGAUCCCAGAGGAGUGCAAUGAGAAAGUGGAUGCUCAGCCUGAUGUUCCAACUGAUCAGGAUGACACCAGACAUAGUCACAGUCAUGGGCAUCACCAUGGUCAUGGCCAUGGCCAUGGUCACCAUGGGGAUAAUCAUGGUGUUCACUCUCGUGGCUUUGGCCAUGGUCAUAAUCACAACCAUGGCCAUCAUCAUGGAAAUCAUGCUGACCAAAGUCAAAGACAGCAUGGUGUUAGACACCAUGAAGGUGACAUGCCUCAAACUCAGCACCAUUUUGAUUUAGGCCAGAUUCCACAGGAAGUGCACUUUCAACACAUACCACAGGAGGCCCACGUAGCCCCUGACAGGCCUUGAGUACCUGGUAAGGGCAGGUGAAAGUUAAAGUACAGCUGACAGGGGCCAUCAGGCUCUGACAGUGAAACUGUGAGCAGCUGAUGCUGACACUGACGCAGGCUGUUUGGCGAGGCAGGGAGUGAGCAGCCAGUCGGUCUCUGACACUGUAACGAGGUGCUGCCCACCUCCUGACAGUGACACGGACUGAUAGGCGAUGCAGCCAAUAACAUUAGGGAAACCUGACAGUGACGCUCGCUUCACGCUGCCUGACAGCAGCCUCAGCCAGCCCAGUGAGACUGACCCCCAGGUGUUGCGAGCUGAGCAUGACAGCAGCCUCAGCCAGCCCAGUGAGACUGACCCCCAGGUGUUGCGAGCUGAGCAUGACAGCAGCCUCAGCCAGCCCAGUGAGACUGACCACCAGGUGUUGCGAGCUGAGCAUGACAGCAGCCUCAGCCAGCUCAGUGAGACUGACCACCAGGUGUUGCGAGCUGAGCAUGACAGCAGCCUCAGCCAGCUCAGUGAGACUGACCACCAGGUGUUGCGAGCUGAGCAUGACAGCAGCCUCAGCCAGCUCAGUGAGACUGACCUGCAGGUGUUGCGAGCUGAGCAUGACAGCAGCCUCAGCCAGCUCAGUGAGACUGACCUGCAGGUGUUGCGAGCUGAGCAUGACAGCAGCCUCAGCCAGCUCAGUGAGACUGACCACCAGGUGUUGCGAGCUGAGCAUGACAGCAGCUGUAAGCUGAUACUGAUAUCAGCUUUAUAUUAACACCAGCUAGUGACACGGGGGCCAAAUGCUCUUUUUACCAACAAGUAUUACCCUGAGAGAGGCGAGAUGGGGGCAAUCCUGACAGCAGAGCAGUGGGUUAAAUUAGAGUCCCGUAUCAAACAGAAUCAACACAUUGAACACAACAGCUAGUGUUCAUGAUCCAAGUAAUCUGAAUGUGCUUUAAAGAAUAUCACAAUUUUAAGUAUCUCAACGUGUCUGUCAGUGGGUUGCCCUCAUCCUUUCUCAGGAGUGUAUGUGAUUGUCAUGUUCAUAAAUUACCCCCGCCGUUUUGUUCUCUCCAUCCUUUAUGAAGCCAGAUGCAGAAACUAUGCUCUAGUGGCGUCUGUAUGAUGUCAGGCUGGAGAGAAAGGAGAGGGUGGUUUAAAACAUGAUAAGCACUUUAAAGCGUUCAAAGUUCAGAAGGAAAAUAACACAGAAUCUGCAAAUAAAAAGAAAAUGAACAAUUUAGAAAGAAUAGAAGACAAUACUCCAAGUGUAUCACAGUUUGUGAAUUAGUUAAAUAUGUUUUAGGAAGAUUGUGUUUACCUUUUUAGGAAGCCCAACAGCACUGCUCCAUUACUGGGGAAAAGUCCUAGAAGACCUUUAAAUCCAAACCUAAAAACUUUAGACAAUAAUUUUUCUAUGGGGCAUUCUAUCAAUCAUCGUUCUUGAGCAUAUAUGUAACAACAGUAACUAACACAAAUGAUUUUCUUUAUGUUUAUGUUUUGUCCACAAGCUUUAACAUAUCUCAGGUCUGACUUUUUUCGAUAGGAAAAAACCUUUAAUUUUUUUUUUGUAUUAACCAUUGCAUUUAUUCUUUCACUUUUCUUUUACCAAAUUUAGUAUUUAGCCUAGAAAGUGCACACAUUUCAACAAGGCUUUUUUUAAAGGUUUAGGGAGACAGCAAGGAAAAAUGAGAGUGAAGCAAUGAAUGAAUGAUUGAAUACACUCUGUUCUUAAUGAUGGUUUCAGUGGGAAGAUAUCAGUCACCCUGAAAACCUGAAGCAUGGACAGAACUGUAUUGGAAUUGUAUGCAAGAUGAAAAAUGAGAGCUUAAUAAAGACUUAGUCACUCUUCUA